CAUCGACGACGGAAGUGGCGCCAUCGUCCACGUCGUCGCCGACGCCACCAACUGGGACGACAUUGAGAAGAUCAAGCAUCACGCAUUCUACAACGAACUUCGCGUGGACUCGGAGGAGCACUCAGAGCCCCUCACUGGAGCGCCCCUGAUCCCCACGGCGAGCCCCGAGUGCAUGAUCUUGACCAGGUUCGAGAUUCUAUAUGUGCGGGUGAUGCACGUGGCCAUCCACACAGUGCCCUCGCUGCACGCCCUUGGGCGCACCACAGGCAUCUUCGAGGACUCUGGCGAAGGAGCGCCGCACACGGUGCCCAUGCACGAGGGUUACACCCUGCCGCACGCCACCCCGCGCUUCGACCUGGCUGGUCGCCAAGCUGACCGGUAG